AUGUCGGGAGAAAGCGUGGUGAGCUCGGCGGUGCCGGCGGCGGCCACCCGCACCACGUCGUUCAAGGGCGCCAGCCCCAGCUCCAAGUACGUGAAGCUCAACAUCGGCGGCGCGCUCUACUACACCACCAUGCAGACCCUCACCAAGCAGGACACCAUGCUCAAGGCCAUGUUCAGCGGGCGCAUGGAGGUCCUCACCGACAGCGAAGGCUGGAUCCUGAUCGACCGCUGCGGGAAGCAUUUUGGGACGAUCCUGAACUACCUGCGCGACGGGGCCGUGCCGCUGCCCGAGAGCCGCAGGGAGAUCGAGGAGCUGUUGGCGGAAGCCAAGUACUACCUGGUGCAGGGGCUGGUGGACGAGUGCCAGGCUGCCCUGCAGAACAAAGAUGCAUAUGAGCCCUUUUGCAAGGUACCCGUGAUCACUUCUUCCAAGGAGGAGCAAAAACUUAUAGCCACUUCUAAUAAGCCAGCAGUGAAGUUGCUAUAUAACAGAAGCAACAACAAAUAUUCCUAUACCAGCAACUCUGACGACAACAUGCUGAAGAACAUCGAGCUGUUCGAUAAGCUGUCCUUGAGGUUUAACGGGAGGGUGCUCUUUAUAAAGGACGUCAUCGGAGACGAGAUCUGCUGCUGGUCGUUCUACGGGCAGGGGCGGAAGAUUGCCGAAGUCUGUUGCACUUCCAUUGUUUAUGCGACUGAGAAGAAGCAGACAAAGGUGGAGUUCCCCGAAGCCCGAAUCUACGAGGAGACCCUGAACAUUCUGCUCUACGAGUCGCAGGACGGGCGAGGACCCGACAACGCCCUCCUGGAAGCGACGGGAGGAGCGGCCGGGCGCUCCCACCACCUGGAGGAGGACGAGGAGCGCGAGCGCAUCGAGCGCGUGCGGCGCAUCCACAUCAAGCGCCCCGACGACCGGGCGCAUCUGCACCAGUGAGCGCGGCCCUCAGCCCCAGUACACGACCAGGCAGCUUAACUUCUGUUCGGUGAAGUCUGUAAAUUAUGUUUUGUAACAAACUAGAUUAUUUGGAGUAUUUAAGUGAAGUAGUUCUAGAACCAGAAUAAAAAAGGAAAAGGUUAUUGGGCUUAUGAGAGGGGAUUGUAAGGCCCUGUUGAGCAUCUGGAGAAGGGCCCGGAAUUUUUAGCACUCUCAUCUCUGCUAUUGUGUGGCUAGGGAGGAAGAGGGCUGGCUUCCUUCGGCUUUAGUAAUUAUCCUGCACUUUAAAACAACAACAAAAAAGCAAAAUACAAAUGUCAGCCAGGCCCUCGCUGGCCCGGCCUCCCCUGGGCCUUGGGCGAAACGCUGCUCCCUAAGGAAGCCCAGGCUGCUGCAGCCUGAGGAGGGAGGACACGGGGCAAGGACACGGGGCAAGGACACGGGGCACGUGCUGCCCAGCUCCUGCGGCGCGGACAGCAGGACGAGCGGUGGCAGCUCUGCCCCCAGACCCAAUGAACCUGCCAGCACUGAACGGUAGAGACCCCGCUUCUCUCCCCAUCCCCGCUUUAUUGGUGCGGUUCAAGGGUGUAAGAUGUUAGAAUUCCUGCAGCAGGAGGGUUAGGAACAAGCUGCAGUCAUUGCUUUUCCUUAAGGUGGUGUUACCAGCAGCUAGUCAGCGCUUAAGACUUUGCUUGGCCCCGCGUCUCAGCUGGGGCGUUUCUUUUCCAUUGGAUUGUGGCUCUUUGAGCGGUGCUUCCUUUGCUCUGCUUGCCCCAGGUAGGACCCCACAACAGGCUGCAAACGGAGGGUGCAGCUCAGGCUGCGUAACCGGUGCAGGAGCAGCGUCCUGCCCUGGCUGCUGCGGGCACGGGGAGCUGCCAGCGGCACGCAGGGCACACAGGCUCCUGGUGUGGCUCCAUCCCCAGCGUAUUCCCAGCAUCUGCAUGUGAAAGGGCAGAGCUAAAAUGUUGCAUGGAGAAGAACGAUGUAUUCUGGUUUUUUAAGAGUACUUUCUGUUAUGAAUUAAUAUUUUAUCUACCUCCUAGUCUCUGGUUGCCUACUAUGGAGUCAAGUAGCACUUAGAGUGGAAGAUCAUGUAUUAUUCAGUGGGACUGAUGCUGAGGGAUAAUGAGAAGAGCCACUAAGGGUGGAUAGAACAGGCCUUGGCAGGGAAAGCACAGCUGCGGUAGGAAGUCUAAAACUUCAGGCUAGGUGACACCACAGUUCUUUGGGCCAGCCUAGAGAUUUUUGACUCUUGAUCUGGAAUAUGUAAGCCUGACUUUAACAAGCAGCCAUCUCCUAUUGGGGUGCGACUCCAUGGUCCUGUUACUCACUGGAGGA